AUGCUUCAUUUUACUCUUAUUGUUCGGCAGAGAGAUGCGUUGGCGUUGGCGGCUGACACCGAUACUUGUAGCGCAGAACUAGAGCAAUGCAAAGUAGUGGCAAAGACACUAUUGCGGAAAUUAGCUAUAGAGUACAGUAAUCCUUCGGUUCAACUACCAGCACUUCUUACGAUUGUAUGGAAAAACUAUGUAUAUCACGUUCUCUCUGAGUCUGGUGUUUCUUUCCUUACUAUGUGUGACACCGCCACCCCGGCUGGAGUGGCCUUUGCGUUCUUGGAAGACGUGGCACGAGAGUUUCUACAACAGUACGGACCCCAAGUGGAGGCGGCCACGCGACCGUACUGCUUUAUUAAAUUUGACUUGUAUCUUCAACGUAUCAAAAAGGUAUUUUCAACCUCCAACUCUUCACGUAGUGUGAAUAUGCUCUCCGUGGGACGACAGCCCCCUGUGCGGCGUACCUUUGAAGAAGUGAUGACCGGCGCUGAAUCCAAGAUGGGAGGAUCAACAUCCUCAAGGGGAAUAGUUGAUGGGAAAUCUGACUCAAUGCGGUGUGUGCUUCUUGUUGCUCCUCUCAUUGGUGUAACGAUACUUGUGUUGCUUGGCAUAUUCUACCUGAUUACUAUGAAGUAA